AUGAUUGACUCUUCUAAUUACUAUGAAAAUUCUUUGUUUCAGGUGUCAGGUGAAAUUCCCACACCGAGACAAUGGAGGCCUUCACUGUACAGGAAGUGCACAGAUAUCCCGUGGCUGGUUUUGUUUUUCCUUUUCUGGUCAGGUUUGAUGUUCAUCAGUGGAUAUGCUUUGAUGGCUGGAGCUGCAGAGAGACUUGUAUUUGGUUAUGAUAGCUAUGGAAAUGUUUGUGGGAGACGAAACACUCCGAUCCCUAAUGCUCCUUUUUCUGGAAAAGAUAUGACUAACAGAAAGCAUGUUUUUUUCUUGAAUUCAUGCAACUUGCAAUUCAAAAACUUUAAGAUCAAUUCCACCUCAUUGUGUGUAAGAAGUUGUCCCCAGGAACAGCUGACAACAUUGCAGGACCUGCAGCACUUUGCUAAGAAUAAUGGCUCUCACCUAUGUGUAUAUAAAAUGAACUACACAGAAUAUACAAACCAUCCCAUGGUUUCAGAAUGGUGUCCUGUACUGCCAGUAUCGCCAAGCAAAUCUUUCCCACUUUUCAACCGUUGUGUCCCUCAGAACCCUGACUGUUACAAGCACUUCGCCCCUGUUCUGAUUGAUGUGGUUAAUGAGGUGGACUUGUUUCAUCGUGUCCUCAGUGGGAUUAUGGCUGGAAGAGAAAAUGUCAUAGGGUUGAGCAUCCUUGCAGUAGCUUUAUCUGUAGUGAUGGUCAUUUCAUUUCGCUACAUCAGCACUCUCAUGGUCCACAUCUUUGUAGCUUUGCUUAUGUUUGGAUUACUGUUUGUCUCUGGAGUGCUGUGGUGGCUGUAUUAUGACCAAAUUAAUGACAUUAGUUAUGAGCUGGAGACUGAGAAGGAAAAUGCAAAGUUCUUACUUGGAUUCUCUAUAGUAUCUACAUUAGUGUCUAUCAUCCUGUUGAUCUCAAUAUUUGUAAUGAGGGCAAGGAUCCAGAUGACCAUUCAGCUGUUCAAAGUGGCAAGCAGCUUUAUCAGUCGGAUCCCAUUUUUGUUGGUGCAGCCCCUCUGGACUUUUCUGAUUCUCCUUUUCUACUGGAUAUUAUGGGUUGCUGUGCUGCUCAGUAUGGGCACAUCAGGCAGUGCCCAGGUAUCAUCAGAUGGGCAAGUGACAUUUAAACCUCUGGCCGGAAUUCGAUAUAUGUGGUGGUAUCAUUUAUUUGGCCUGAUAUGGACCAGUGAAUUCUUCCUUACAUGUCAGCAAAUUGUCAUUUCUGGAGCCACUGUGUCCCGGUUCUUAGAUCGAGACAAAACAAAAGUCAAGCACCCUAUCCUGUCUUCCUUGUCUAUUCUGUUUUGGUACCAUCUUGGAACAGCAGUUAUGGGUUCCUUCUUGCUGGCCCUUUUGAAAAUCCCAAGAAUUAUUUUAAUGAAUUUAUCUCGGCUACUAUAUAAAAAGGACAAUGCAUGCACCAGGUGUACGUCAAAGUGCUGCUUCGGCUGCGUUUGGUGCUAUGAAAAAUGGCUGAGAUGCUUGAAUCAG